UAUAUUGAACCAAACAACCAAACGAGAGAAUGUCUGCAAGUGAGAUACCGGACGAGCUAUGGAGGAAGAUUCUUGAUAUAGGCGUGAAGACAUCGAUCUUCUCCUACAAAGAUCUCUGUUGCAUCUCCAUAUCCUGUCGCCGUCUCUGCCGAUUGUCCACGGAAGAUACUUUAUGGCUUCAUCUCCUGUCCUCUGAUUUCUCCGAACUCAACGAUGCUUCUUCUUCUUCCUCUUCGUCUUCCCCGGCCAAGUGGCUCUACAGGACCAGAUUUGAGAGGGAGAAGGAAAGGAAAGUAGCUGCAUAUAGGAGGGCUCUACUGAGGAAAGAGAGUGAAAUUGCAGAAUUGUACCGGAGGAUCCGGGAAACAGAGACUCAAUUAUCCGAGGAGGUGCAAAGGUUACACGCAGCUACGGCCGAGUUUUCGAAUUUGGAGAAGAUCAGGCAAGCAUCAUUAGCUUUGAAUGUCUGGCAGCCAGAGAUAGUGCGUAGCAGACAGAGGCAGAUAGUUGAGCAAAACCCUGUUCCUGUUAAGGGCCGACUCGAUGCACUAGAGAUGGAAAUGAAGCUAUGCAAAAAUCAAAUCAUUGGUUUAAACAAAUCACUUAAAAAGGUUAAACGUCGACUUGACACUGCGAAAGAGGAGCUAGAGUCAAUGAAGUACCAUCCUUUACGAGAUUACAAAUCGACGCCUAGUGGAGACCAAGAAAGAAUGGUGAAGAGGAAGAAGCUAAAAACGUGCAUUGAUUUUCCAGAGAAACCUAGGAAGACAUUGUAGGAUAGACAAGCUUUCGUCUGUCAUAACAUCAAAGAUCAACUUUGCCGAAAGAGGUCCUGAAAACUCGAGUAUACCUCAAAACCACGAGACGGGCUACGAUCAGAAUUAUCAUCGCCUGUGCCCACAAAAAGACGGGAUAUGAUCAAACACGAGAGAACAAUCUCGGUAUCCAUCCGCUUUUGUACCGUUACCGCUUGUAUGUUAAAUAGAGUUUCAGUUUGAUCGAUCUGCAGCUUCUUCGACCGGGUUACAAGAAGGUUCAAACCCUUUUUCCGAAGAAGAAAAUGCGACUAUACAGGUUCAGUUCGGAUGCAGAAAUUGUUCCGCCUUUAGGAACAGAGUACGAGUUUGCAAGGUUUGGUGUCUGGUUAUAUUUGUAUGGUUAAGUUAGAGGAAGAUUUGUAUAUUAACAUAAUAACAGACGUCUAGUUUCUAAAACCGGUUAGAGAAUUGAACCGGUUCCAUGUUCGGUUCAUCCAAUUUCGGUUUAGGGCUGGUAAAAAACUUGGUCUUUCACUCUUAUAACCCUUAAUUUGGCUUCUUAAGUUUUGAAACUCCCAA